CUCAAGAUCGAAAACCCUUAUUUAUAGAGAGAGAAAAAUAAAGACAACCAGGCAGACACAAAGAAAGAGAGAGAGAACAAUGGCAGAGGAGACGAAGUCAAGGUUUAAUAGAAUCUGUGUUUUCUGCGGAAGUAGCCCAGGAAAGAAAGCUAGUUACCAAGACGCCGCUGUUGAGUUAGGGAAAGAACUGGUGGAGAGAAGGAUUGAUUUGGUCUAUGGUGGUGGCAGCGUGGGUCUCAUGGGUCUUGUUUCUCAGGCAGUUCAUGAUGGUGGGCGCCAUGUUCUAGGAGUAAUUCCGAGGACUCUCAUGCCCAGGGAGAUAACUGGUGAUACUAUUGGAGAAGUGAGGGCUGUGUCCGAUAUGCACCAAAGAAAAGCUGAGAUGGCCCGUCAAGCCGAUGCCUUCAUUGCCCUACCUGGUGGUUAUGGCACCCUUGAAGAGUUGCUGGAAGUCAUUACCUGGGCUCAGCUUGGAAUCCACCGAAAACCUGUGGGCCUGUUGAAUGUAGAAGGAUACUAUAAUUCCUUGUUGUCUUUCAUUGAUAAGGCCGUCGAUGAAGGCUUUAUCUCACCCACUGCACGUCGCAUAAUCGUGUCUGCUCCAACUGCCAAACAGUUGGUCCGAGAACUUGAGGAAUAUGUUCCGGAAUGUGAUGAAAUUACAUCCAAGUUAAUAUGGGAAGAGGAGGUGGAGAGGCUGAACUACGUUGUCGAAUCGGGUGUUCCCUCGUGCCACGGAGUAUAAAUUAUGCAUGGAUGUCUUUUUUGGGUUUAUCAUACAGUAUAUAUAGUUCUAUAUACGGUUUUAACCCCCACAUCUCCAGCACAGAUUUUUUUGUUUUUUGGAACUGUGUCCUCAAACGUUCAUAUACCUGUCUGGAACAGAAACAUGUUAGUACCUUGUUUACGCUGAAAUGUGAAGGAUCUAUUUU